AUGCGUGUCUCAAAUAUCUUUGUCCUCCUGCCUCUCUACGGCGCCGCUGUCAAUGCUCAGACUCCCAACUUGAAAGCGCCACCACCAUGUGUGCGGGCAACGCCGGCUCCAUCAGAAUGUCAGACUGAAGCCCGGUUCAACGAGUUUGCCGAAGCUUUCAUUGUCACGAAGAACAUCACGGAAGCGUUUACUUUCAUUGUGGAGGACUACAUUAACCACAACCCGCUUGCCCAGAAUGGCUCUGCUUCUGCCUGGAGCAUUCUCUCUCCAAUCUGGGCUUCACAAGACAUCACAGUCCUUGGCACGAAAUUCCGUGGAAACAUGGGCUGGUUGAACUACCGCAGCGCCUUUGGUACUGUCGUCGAUCGUUUCCGAUGGGAGGGUGGCUGCAUCGCGGAACAUUGGGAUCAAAAUGAGACAUUUCCGACUGACUAG